AGCAGUGUAGAAAGGCCAUCGUGCCCUUAAGUUCAGGAAUGAUUAUAGGGACCAUGAUUAGAUCAGCAGAGAUGUGCUUAAGAAGGCUACAUCCUACUUAGGUACGCUGAAGUCCUAGACGAGAUACAUAGAGUCCUUUAGCCCAAACAAUAAGAAGAUCUCGGAGGGAACAUUUGCAAUGGUCCAGUACUAUCAGCGUCUGUCUAUACAGCCAAGACAGAAGCCCUCUGAUGAAGAAAUAGACCUUUCGUCACCCAAGGUUGCUUUCAGUCCUCGAGUAACGGAGUCAAGUAGCUCGACGGUACCAGGGAUCCACAUCACGACCAGAGACGCCUUCUCGCCCCCCCAAGGAAGAUAUGCCAAUAGAUGAGCACUUUGGUAAUCUGGAUCUCGAUUCAGACACAUCCAGCCUUAAUUCAGACCCGCUGGGCCCGCUCUCGUACCACUCGCCCCUCUCUGGAGAAGUCAGAAAGCAAUACCAGAGUAUUGAGGACGAACAAAUCGUUAAUACCGCUUUGGUUCUGUUCCUCAACGCCCUCACGCUUCACUGCGAUUAUGCCCAGGGGGCGUGGACCAUCUAUCGAAAGACCUUCGUGGUCAAGGCCUCGGCAACCAAGGUGUACGAGGCACGUGUGGAUGGCCUGUUGCGGGUCAAGCACAGAACCUGUGCUAUCGUCGAAGUCAAGCCCCUCAUCAGGUACGGGUCGGAAAAAACCCUCCACAAGAUUCGUAUGCAAGAAACGGCUCAGAUGGCGGCUUGGAUAGCGCAGGAUCCCCCUGUGCUGAAGAAGCCCAACACCAAAUUUAGACGUCUCCUCCUCUCUCAGGACCAUGGCGAAGUUUACCUCAUCAUUGCCACUUUUGAUUACCAGUACGUUGAGUACAUUUGUGCACUAGGGACUGGUAGCAGAGGAAAGGGGGGCACACAUUCGUUUCUCGAGAUGCGUGAGUACGGCCCGUUUGAAGUAAAAAGUCCCGAGCAGAUGGAGCAACUAGGAAUAAUCUUGCUGGGUGCUUCGAUUCAGGGAGGCUUGUGGGACAUGUUCCAACUUAGACUAUACCAUCAUGGCGUGUCUUAAUGCUGCAUGAAUUCACUUAUCAUUUGUGAGCCGCUUGCUCUUUUCUCCUCGCCUCUCGUUC